GGCAGUUUGCAGCACUGCAGCCAUGGGGAGCAGUGCCUUUGCCCUGGUCCUCGCCUUGGCCCUGGUGGUGUGCGUCACCCCUGUGGAGAGGAAGUGUCUCCUCUCUGGGUCAUGGCGGAGCAACACUGGCUGUCGGAUGGUCGUGUCCGUCCUCGGCAAGGAUGGCAGCUUCUCCGGUUCCUUCCUGCCGGGGCCUGCCACCAGCAACUCCGAAAUCCUCACCUCACCACUGGAGGGGUCCCAGCAGGAUGUGGAGCUGGUCCCGCAGCCCACCUUCUCCUUCACCGUGCGCUGGCAGCUCCGAGGCUCAGAGACAGCCCGGACAACCGCCUUCCUGGGCCAGUGCUACGUGGGCACCAAUGGGGAGGAGACCCUGCAUGCUGUGUGGCUCCUGCGAGAGGCAACUGACUGCCCCACUGACGACUGGAAAGCCACUCGGAUUGGCACCAACUUUUUUACCCGGAUAAAAUAACAGCAAGUGGGGAAAUCCAGGAGACCCAGGACCGCAAGGAGACAGCGCUUUCUCCAGCCAGGCUCUGCCUGUGCUUACACGCUGCAUUUCAGCAGCUGUCAGCCUGUGUAUUCAUGCUUUCCCAGGCAAGUUCAGCCCAGUGUGAACAUUGGGCACGAGGUGAAAAAUAAAGCGUUUCUG